AUGCCGUUCAUUCCAAAUCCAUGGUCAGAAGUACCGUCAGCCCCGGUGGUUCUUGAUUAUUAUGCCAACAAAGCUUCACACACUCGGUCGCGUGGUCCCAUGCAAGACCCGGCGUCUAGUCUUCUGCCGAUGAUCAAUGGAUUAGCUCCCAAACAAACCGCCCAGGGAGCGCCACAGCCGUAUCCAGAAUGGGGUUUGCUUUCGGGUAAUCCAAGUGCGCAGCCAACCUUCAUCUUCAAGAGCUCAUUAUCCAAUCUUCAAAAGCUAAUUCUCGAUGCUGUCAUUGUAUGCCUAUCUAAUAUUGCAUUCCCGAAACACACGAUUGAUAGAUCAUACGUCUGUACAUGCAGAUUUAUUGCACUUACGUCGUCUGGUAUUGUUACUAUGCUGUUGUUUUGUAUACCUAUUUGGGGCUGGUUUGCUCUUCUGACAUCGUGCAUUGUCACCAUCGUCGCACUAGCCAGCGCAGCGAGACAUGCGUAUAAUACUAUGUUCGCCGUACGGACUACUCGUUGGAUCACCGCUAUCUACCCAACGACAUUAGCUACGAACUUAUCUUCUUCCAGCCGUCUAGCGUACCGCAUAUGGCGAGUGAAUUGCGACGUAGCAAAAUACCGAGCGAUAGGCAGCUCACGCCAGUUCUCCGCGCCAUCAUUGAAUGAUUUGAAUCAGGUGCAAUAUACUCCGUAUCUAUGUGUUGUUGGACAUGGUCUCCCCAAUAAUUUCCAUCGCUUCAACCUCCUUACCCUUCGUGUAGUGUUUGCUACCAACAGACGAUUGCUGGUCCUCGGCAGAACACUGCAACAAACCACGACAUUAACCACAUCGCGAUUCCGACCAAAUAUCAGACGGGAUAUGAAAACGUUAACUGUCGAGACCACUCAGUUCUUUGAGUCAGACGCCGAACUUCCUCUGUCAUUGGUUACGACAGAGAUGCUACCAACAAGGCCGAAGGGCGGGAAGAAGAUGCAGGAAAGAAUUGACGUUUCGACAGUCUUGGCCUUGCCUUUGUCCAGCUAUUAA